CCGUGCCAUGGCUACUACUACUUCCGGGUCAGCUUCGCUCCAUGCAAUGACAUUGUGACCAAAUAUUUACGAAAUCAAUACGGGGAGUGUGUCUGUGCACGUUUUUGCUAUACAUGCUAUGAAUUUGUACCCGUCAUUUACGAAAUCUAUACGGGGAGUGUGUCUGUGCAAGUUGUUGCUAUACAUGCUCUGAAAGACAAAGUUGACCGACACAGUUUUACAAUAUGACACCAAUGUCUACGGGAUUCACUGAAGAGCGACAGGGCAAAGCACAGAGUCCUGUAGGAAUGGAUUACAUCCCCACAGAAGAUGAGAGGAGAGUCUUCAGAGAAUGCAACCAGGAGAGCUUCUGGUACAGAUCCGUGCCCUUCUCAGUGGUCAGCAUGCUUGUCACUCAAGGCCUCAUCCAUAGAGGUAGGCCCGCCUCCCAAUCCAGGUUUGGAUCUCUCCCUAAAGUGGCCUUUGCGGGGCUGUGUGGCUACCUGGCAGGGAAGAUAUCGUACAUGAAGCAUUGUCAGGAGAAGUUCAAGAGGCUGGAGCAGUCCCCUCUGGGAGAAGCACUGAGACAGAAGACCAGACCCAACGCACAGUCGUCUCAGGGCCCCCAGUCAGAGAUGAGUGACCCCGACCAGGUGACCUUUGACCCCAUGUUCCAGGCCUCUGACCCCCAGAGCCAGGUACACACACGUUUAAAUACUUUCUUUGAAUCUACCCAUCAAAUGUACAUAGAAAAUGGAACCAAACUUUUCAAAGGUCCCUGUAUAACAUGGCCCCCCGCUGUUCUCCUGGCCCCCCUGUUCACCCUGGCUCUCCCUGGCCCCCCUGAUUCUCUCUGGAUCUCCCGGCCCCCCUGUCGCCACCCCACCGCCAGAAAACUAUGGGAUUUAGCAGUGACGUCUCCCGCAGCACAGACCAGCCGCGCCACACCCGCUGCACGACGUCGACUACAACAAAUGCCAGCCCAGUCGUUCCUGGAUGACGAGGAGCCCAGGAGUAAGCCCAUCAUGUACGAGGACCUAAGGAACAAGAACCGAGAAACCUAUGAGGUCACACACCAGAAGGCUGAGACGCUGCUCAAACAGUCUGACCGGCCAGGGAGGACCGCCCCCAGAAGGACGGUGACAGGGAAGAAGAACCUCUACGGAGACAGCUUGGAGGAGUGA